AUGUCUGCUGAAGGAGAAGUCCAGAAUUUGCUACAACAAGCCCAGUCAUCUACUGGGGCUAAUGCAAAACAGAUCAUACAAAGAGCAGUUGAAAUUUGCCAAUCGCAGAGGGUGGACCCUAACUUGUUUUGUAAAGUAAGAAUAGCUUUGGGUGAUAUUCUUUUGUCGGAGGGCGAUCAAAAGGCUGCCGUCGACCAGUAUAGAUUGGCUGCAGAGCUAGAUGAACAGGAUGGAGUGAUUAACUCGCCGGAGGUGCAACAGAAGCUAAACAAUAUUUUGAACAAUAUUUCCGGAUCUUUGCAACGUGAGGUUGAACAAAAUCCGAAUUAUGGCUCGAAUGAAAGAGGCUUGAGCUCAAUGCUGAUAUCUCAGGUGCUGAAUGGAGGCAAUUCCACCUCAUCCCAAUUGGGUAUGCUUUCAUCCCUUCUGGGUGCCGGUGGUAGUGGCAGCACGGGUGGAGGAUUUGGAGGAGGAGGGAUGGGAGGAGGAUCGAGUGGGUUCGGAUCACUCAUCUCUGCCUUGGCUGGGGCCGGUGCCACUCCUCAACACCAACAGAACCAAGGUGGAUUCAAUCUCGGUUCUCUUCUGGGAGGCGGUAGUGGCAUGGCUAGCUCCACAGGUGGAGGUAUGGGAGGAGGAUUAGGUUCUCUCGUUUCUGGAUUGCUGGGAGGACAACAUGGCGGCUCUGGGUUUGGUGGAGGACAACACGGCAGCUCUGGCUUUGGUGGAGGACAGCAAGGAGGUCAUGGAUUUGGUGGAAUGGGAGGCCAAGGUGGAUAUGGAGGGGGCAGAUACGAUAAUGCCGGCUAUGAUCAAGGUGGAUAUGGUGGCGGUGGAAGGUACGAUGACAAUAGCUAUGGCCAAGGAGGUGGAUUUGGUGGUAUGGGAGGGCGUCGUCAAGAAGGAGGAGGAGGUUUCUUUUAA